AUGAAGACUUGUGUGAAGCUGCUGUCUGUAACUGUCCUGUUUCUUUGCAUCUACUCAGACUCUGGGAGAAUCACGAUCAUUAAAGGCUGUACGUCUCCAGACAACAACGGGUGUACUGAUGGAGGCACCUUCUACUCGUACAACUACGGCUCCUCCCGCCUCCACAAGAUCAUGUGUUGUGACUCAGACCAGUGUAACUCCGCCGAGCUCCCCAUCCCUGCGCCCCCUGCUGGCUCUCUGCAGUGCUACGGCUGUGACCCUCAUACCUACGAGUGUAGUACUAAUGUGACCUGUAACGUCGAGGAGGUGUGCGCAGGAUUUGUGAUGUCGGACGUACAGCCCUUCUACGGCUGUGUCUCCACAAACAUCUGCAACACCAGUGACAACAGAGUGGUGUUCACGACCGAGAACCCUGUGUGCUGCAACACAUCCCACUGCAACCGUCCAGCAACCUACAGUGAUGGUACAAACUACACUUCAUUGGCAAAAGGCUGCAUCAUUGAGAACCUGUGCUCCAUAGCCCAACCUGAAGUCUUCUCCUUCAAUACGGGCCACCACACAGAGACGCUCUCCUGCUGCAACGUCGACGGAUGCAACGCGCUCCCUCAGACGGCGCCCGCUGCCGGCUCUCUGCAGUGUUACGCCUGCACAUAUUGGAUAGAAAACUGCACAUACAUAAGCUGUGACGCAGGGCAGAGCUGCACAAACAUUUCAUACUAUGGGCGUGACAUGACCGGCUGUGUGUCCAACAAUCUGUGUAACACUCGAAUGCUUCAUCUGGAUAUGAACCCCAGCGACUCUGUGGUCUGCUGCAACACCACCCACUGCAACCAGCCAGCUAGUGCAGCCCUAACUACUAGUACUACUACUAGUACUACUACUAGUACUACUACUACUACAACUACUACUACCACAACUCUUCCAACGUCUGCUGCAGCCCAAACUACUUCCACAACUGAUUCCAGGUCAGUUGUUUUCAUGAAAAUGAAGGUGGAUUCCGUUGGCGCAGUCAGCAACACGACGCUGUCUGAAGCCCUCGCCCAGUUUCUCCGAGAGCAGCUCAACAGUACAGCUUCAGUGAGAGUGAAGAAGAUCAUCCAGACUAAAAGUGAAACCAACCACACAACCUCUGCUCCAGAACCAACCCAAGCUCCGCCCACCACAUGAACAACUGGCCCGGAUGCCCUACCACUCCACUCCCUCCCUGACCCCUUUCUCACAUGUUCAGUUCAGUUUCACCACUGCACCAGCGUAUAUUUAAAAAACAAAAUCUAAAGUGUUAUAGACCCUUUAAGAUCUUACGUCAUCACGAUGUUCAAAAGACUAAACUGGAGGCAAAGUGAAUCAUUGAUCAUCUGAUUCACAGGUCUAAAUGUGAUUUAAUAGUUUUAACCAUUUUGAAUUUCUAAAUUGCAAAUAUUAGUUCAUUUGUGUGAGAAAAAAAAAAAUUCUAAUCUCAACAUUGUAUUUGAGCUUCACAAAAACUAUAUUUGAUGAAAUGUUUAAUAUGUCUGUAGAUGAAGUGGGAAACUGUCGUGGGCUUAAUGGUCCAGUAAAACCUAAAAAUCUGGAUUUUUCCUUUGUUUUCCUUUGAUUAGUGUUUGUCAUAAUCUCCUGGUAAAUAAAUAACGUACAGCACAGUGGUAAAUGAGUGUUUUUCAUUUGCUGAAGAGAUUAGGUUUAAA